AUGUUGGUGCACUACGGUUCGCAUGGAGAUGCCUUUGGGCGCCCUGAUGGCUCAUUUCCUCCGAAGUACCUGUCUCUUGAGCAGGUCCAACUACGGCCUCGAAGACACUCUUCAGUAACUAGCACGAGGAGAUCAUCCAGACCACAGAAGCUACGCAUCAUCACUUCGCCCGUGGCGCCCGCCUAUCGCCCUUCUAGUGCUACCACCCGUACCAAGAAAACAAAGUCGAUACGUCCAAAGCAGGAACAACCGCCUUCGCCCGCCAUGUCCGGAUACAGCUACUCCUCGUCCGACCAAGGUAACUACAGCUACCAAGCCUCUUAUCCACACUCAGGAGUGCCACAAUAUACUCAAUCUCAAAUCAAUGCCUAUUACGCACAGUAUCAACAAUAUCCACCUCAACCAUACCAAAUUAUCCCAGACUAUUAUACCCAACCGGUAACUGUUACACAUACUGCUGGAUAUCAACAACCAGUAGCCAGUGGGUAUGAUGUUGGAAGUUGGCAAAGUCACGGCGACGAUCUAGGAAUGAACACAUCGCAAGGCCCAACUAGAACAUGGACCUGCGAUAUCCCCGGCUGCUCCUCCUCAGCAAACUUCACCCGUCUCGCGGACCUUCAGCGCCACCAAUCCACUGUCCACGGUGUCGGGACUCCAGAAUACCCGUGCAACGUGCCCCGCUGUAAUCGCGUCGGUGACAAAGGUUUCACGCGAAGAGACCAUUUAGUCGAGCAUCUACGCAACUUCCAUCACAUCGACAUUCCCAAGCGGAGGCCAGGGGAGAGAAGCGCAUUUCCGUUUGGGUGGCCAGAAGGCGCGGGAGGUUCUCAUCAGGAUGACAGGGGUAGUACUGGAAUUACAGGAGGGGGCGAAGAGACGAUGGGGCAUGCUACGGGUAGUGCUCAGCGUGUACGAAUGCUUGGAGAGGUCGAGGGUGGGACUGUACGAGCAUUGCCACAACGACCAACAACAGCAGCGAUAUCAACAAGAAGCCGUUACGCCGGCAUCACACGAGCCAGGAUCGCCAAAUCACCGUCAAGAAGAGGAGGCAGAGCCGGUGGACGCAGCAGGGGUGGCAGUUCAAGUGCAGGCAUCAGUCGUUUAAGCGCUUCGUCAUUACCGGCAUUAUCUCUAUCAACAUCCGCAUCAACGUCGUUAUCAUGGUGGAACGUUCAUCAAGAACAAGAAUUGCAUUCUUCAUCAAUUCAAUUACAGAAUGACACGCCACAACCGCAACGGCACCUCACCAGCGCGGAACUUGCCGCACAAGAUAUGCUGCUUGGACUUGAAACAGGCACCGGAGACUUAUUUGGUGCACCAACCCCUGGACCGGAGACUUAUCCUGAGCGGUAA